AUGGUAAAUGUUAACUGUUAUGUUCCUGGUUGCGUGUCCAAUAACCGUUCGUAUCAGUAUUUAAAGUUUUACAAACUACCCAAAGACAAGGCAAGAAGACGAAGGUGGAAAAAGUUGACACGAAAUACGCGAGAGAGAGAUUCACAAUGGACCUGUCUGUGUCGACUACACUUCGAAGGUGGCUGGAAGAAAGAAUUUUAUUCUGAUCCUUCAAUAUUUUUAUCGGAUUUUUAUCGGAUACCAAAAGAGGAGCCCAGGCGAAGCAUGUGGAUAAAAGCUAUCAACAGACGAGAAGAAAACAACGGAAACUUAUGGAUUCCUUCUUCAGACAACGACAGAAUUUGUAGUGAACAUUUCGUUAAAG